GGACCGAGGCCCGAGGCAACAUUCCAAAGAUCGAGGCCACAGAUAAGGCUUGCGCAAUCGCGUCUGAGGGCACUGCCUGCCUGCUAAAGACCAUAAUAUUUCGCUUGAUAAUAGCGACGACCACGAUGAUGAUGGCAGCGACACAUGUCGUAACGUUCCAGAAUGGAUGAGAAUCGCCACACCAAAGAUCCCGCAAUCGAUGGUUUGGUGGAUUCGCGGUGCCCGCGGUGGUACUGUACCCGUUGUUGUGUGGUGUAAGCAUCGAGCAGUUCGCAGGGAUGCGCUCGAGUUAGUCUUGUCGUGGGAUCGAGCGGAAGCUGAAGCGCGCGCAAUAAGAGUCCCUUCGGAAAGCAGCAACAGCAGUGUGACAUCGAGCCAGCAAGUGCAACACUGUGCCACACAGUACCUACUUCUACCGGGUUGCCUUUUGGAAUUCGUUCUCAAAGUCGUCGCUUACGCGCCGUGAAACCUGACACCGCCCCAGAACGCUUGUUGGAAGUGGAGGAGCGAGUGUCGUCUACCGGAACGGAACCGAAGGAAAACAACCGUUCUGCUGAAACCUGUUCUGGAACAGCCGGCACGGAACGAAAGCGGGAGGAAAACUACACACACACAGACCAUCGCCGCCGCAGGCCGCCCCCUAACCCGGAUCAGAAUCCAACGGUGUUACACAUCUUUCGCUUUCAUUAGUGCGCUGAAGUGUUUUGUUUUGGUGGCGCAGCACCACACUCUACGGCCGACAGGUGUCGUGGGCGCAAUUCGUUCGUUCGCCCGCUCGCUCGCUCGCUGCUAAUCGAAUUAGGACAUCGCGGGGACGCGUCGGAACAUUGCUCGCUCGCGCGCGCGUGCUUAGAAGAGAGUGUCGUGAACGCCCAUCGUCGUCGCGCGCUAUCGUCGCUCGUGCUGUCUGCAGGACAUUCUCCCGCCGAAAGCAGGGUCGCCGCCGUCAUUCGGUUUAGUCGGAGCGGUGAAGUGAAAGGCGCGGACCGACGAGCUGUUGUGACCUAUUGCCGUGUGUCGGGGGAUAGCCAGCAGACAGCAGUAUGGAGCAGGCCACGGCAACGCGCCGCCUAACGCGCGGCGAAUCCGAGGACAGUCCGGUCGAGUUUGUGGUGGUGGAUUCGGACGUGUCCAUGUCCGAUGCAGGGCUCAGCUCGCCCGAGAAGAAGCCGAAGAAGAAGCGUGGCCUGUCGUUCAAGAAACUGCGCACCAAUGCGCAGAAGCUGAUCCCGAAGCGCGGUGGCCGCAAGGACUCGUCGGCCAAGUCGUCCGAGACGAGCUCGCUCGGUGGUGACUCCGGGGUGGUGAGCGGCGGUACGGAUGAUCUGCUUCCGGCUACCCCGUCGCCACCGCCACCACCGGCCUCACCGACGGCAACGGAGACGUCGAUCGAAACCGUGCUCAAGUCGACGGAAAGCCUGCCGGCAAUCAAGGAAGAUCCGGUGCGGGAGGCGGCAAUGUUGGGCGCCCGAUCGGACGAGGAUAUGCUGCUCGAGGGAAAGGACAAGCAGCGGCAGAAGAAGGCGCGCAAGCCGAGCCGGGCGGCUAGCUUCAUGAAGAAGCUGGCCGGACGAUCCAAAACAUCGAAGGUAGCGCCGAACCCGGCAGUCCCCGCUCCCGGCGGUGGUUCCGAGGGAGACGAGAUAUCGUCCGGGACGCUUGAAACUCCGCUGAGCAUCAAACGGCAGACGCCCGAGGGUGCCAUGUUUGUGUCGGACACGGAGCUGUACCAGGACGGCGAUCGGGACGAUGGUACGUCGGUGGAUCCGCCGUCGCCCGUGCUGGUGCGACAGCUCGAUGCCGAACCGACGACACUGAGAGCCAAACGAACCGAAAUGAAAAUCACGCUCACACGCAACAUGCCGUCGACGAAGCCGGGGACGAUUGAAACCUCGCUGGAUGAUGAGGACAACAACGCUGCGGUGAUGCGGAGCAGCGGUGGAGGCGACGGCAACAGCAAUGGUCUGAACGCUGAGAACCGGGAGCUCGCAAUCGACUCUAAACCAAUUAGCUCCGACAGCGGCACUGUCCCGUCGCCGAGGGCCUCAAUCGGGAACGAGCAAUCGUCGCAGUUGAUCGCAACCACUCGCACGCAGCAGUCGUCGUCCUCCACGUCAUCCGUCGAUGCGCGCCUUUCGAGUCUGCUGAGUGGCGAUUACAUCGCAGAGAUUAACAAGUUUUCCAUCGAGAACAUUACCAACGCCGGCGCAGCGAGCAGCACAGCAGGAGGAGGAGGAGCAGGAGGAGUAGGAGCAGAAGCGGUGCCGUUACCGCAGCCACGUGCGUCGUUGUCGAUUCGGGAGCGCUUCUUCCAGCAGCAGCCGGUGGUGGUGACGACGGGCGACCUCGACCCAGUCGCCAGCUUUGAUUCGCAGGACAUUGCCCCACCGUCGUCGGUUGUCGUCGACGAGGAAAUAGACGGUUUUAUGAGGAAAGCGAGAGGAGCGAGUGCGGCCACAGCGCGAUCGAAAGGGGGCAGCAAGAGUCCGGGUGCAGCGACGGUCCAAGACAAGGCAGCGGGACCCGCUGGUGGACAGCAGCAGGACUUGUCGCCGUCAUCGUCGGCGUCGGCAAGUAAGGCAGCGUCGACGGUACGUACGCAGGAAGCGGCCAAACCGUACCAGUUGGGCAACAGCCUAAAGAAUCCCAACAAUUCUGGAUUUAAAUCGAUCGAACAGCAGCAGCAACGCGAACAGCCCCAGCAGCAGCAGCAGCCUGAUCAGAAGCAGCAGGAAGAUCCGGUGCCAGCGAACACUGCCGAGGGAAGCCCGGACAAGCCCGGCCAGGAGGAACAGGGUGACAGCACGGUCCCAACGGAACCGACCAUUGUGUUCGAUAUCGGAACCCAGGUACGCCCGGAUAGGACCUCCACUAUCGUUAAGCCUGCCAGCGGUCGGUCGGUAGCGGCUACGCUCGCGGUACCUUCGCCAGGGCUCGAGAGCGGCGCCCAGUCGGGGACAUUUGCCUCGCUCGGUAGCACUUCGCGCUCGUUGGAGGAGAUUAUCGGCGUCGGUGGUGGGUCGUACGACGACAGUAGUCAGAACAACACGAGCGAGGGCUCGCUCCGGCGCAUUGUGUACGUCGAGCAGCCGACCUUCUACACACCAGAAGAGGAAGAGCUACUGACCGGCAAGCCGCCGCGCUCCUCCUCCUCCUUGCUGUCGAGUGCGGUCGAGUCUGGCGAGUACUCGCUCGAGUCGGAGGACUACCUCGAGAGCAAGAUGUCCCCGCACGGCGAUCUGCUACUCGAGAAGGGGGCCUCCGACCAACCGGCAACCAUGGCGACUGGACAGGCCGAGAAGCGUGAGCAUCUCUACAAAAUUCUCGUCAUCGGCGAGCUCGGCACUGGCAAGACGUCCUUCAUCAAGCGGUACGUGCAUCAGUUCUUCAGCCAAAACUAUCGCGCCACAAUCGGGGUGGACUUUGCGCUCAAAGUGCUGAACUGGGACCAGAACACGAUUAUCCGCCUGCAGCUAUGGGAUAUUGCCGGUCAGGAACGAUUCGGCAACAUGACCCGCGUGUACUACAAGGAAGCAGUGGGAGCAUUCAUCGUAUUCGAUGUAACGCGCAGCGCCACAUUUGAUGCGGUGAUCAAGUGGAAGAACGACCUCGACUCAAAAGUGCAGCUACCCGAUGGCAAACCCAUUCCGUGCAUACUCUUAGCCAACAAGAGUGACCAACAAAAGCAGGGAAUUGUGACGACACCCGCCAAACUGGACGAGUACGUCAAAGAGCACGGGUUCGCUGGAUGGUUCGAAACGUCGGCCAAGGAGAACGUCAACAUUGAGGAAGCGGCCAAAUCGUUAGUUAAUAAGAUUUUAAUGAAUGACAAACUGUUAAACACGGGUGAGGUCAUCGAUUCGGAACGGUUCGCCCUGGUUGGCGGAAAGUCGGACACGAGCCAGAAGAAGUCGUGUUCUUGCUGACCUAACCCUAGACCUCAACUAGCGGCGCGCGCUUCAACCGGCGCAUCGGAGACACACUGCACCGUGGUUUUCCACGUUGUGUUUGGGCGCGUGCUGCUCGUGUGUAUUUGUGUGUGGGUAUGUGUGACCAUUCCGCUGUGUUACGUCAUCACCUACGAUUUGCUUACGUUUUGUUUGUUUUUAACUUUUAAUUGUUUUUAUCAUGUUUACAAUGACUCUCCCCUUUCUUAUCCCCUCGUGUCCCCCAAUUGUUCCCCCUAUUCCCCCAACGGUCCCGCGCGUUCGUUGACAACCAAACCCUAUUUACCUAUUUACUAUUACCACUAACUAUUAUACUACUCUACUUAAAACUGUACGCCUACUCCACACAACUAUGGGCACAUAAUCGCGUUGUUACUAAAACCCUCUUGGGCCAGCAAGCUAAACCAAAAACGAGUAAUGUCCCGAGUAAUGUUUCCCCUUUCGCGCGACCAUUCGACAACUUUUGCUGCACACCACGCACUGUCAGAUGUUUUCGGUUGCUGCAACACUAAAAACAGAGGAAAGUACACACUAACGCAGCUGAAGAAGAACAAAAAAAAAAAAGCGGAUCGACAAAGCCGAGCCACCUACUUACUACACGGCACCCGAUAAAGGGUGAACCGGAUGCGCACCCCAAAACCAUCCACAGUGGAGAAAUCUACACACAGAGCCUCUUUCAAUCCGUCGCAGCUUUUUUCUGGUGGGGAUGAUCGAUCGAUUGUUAUUGUUGUUGAUAAUGAUGAAGAUCUUGUUGGCGUGUUAGAGAGAAGAGCGAUGCUGUAGUGGCCAUUUUUUUUCGUCGGAGAUAAAGUAUAUUCAUGUAAUGAAGAAAAGAAAGCCUAAAUUUUUGCUGGAAAGCAUUCCAGUUCCAGUGCUGUUAUUUUAGCGUGAUUGUUUCGAUUCAGAGAAAGAAUAUCACGAAUAUUUACCGCUUUUAUAUAUCGCUUUAGAGGGGACAGCACGCAACAUAUUUCGGGUCAAAUAUUCUAAAAGGAGAAAGAGCUAAAUUCAAAGAUAGUAUCACAAAAAGAGGAGAAACUGGCAAAUACCACGCAUCGUUCAGAAGACAACCGUGGCAACAAACCGUGGCGCAGCAGCGCGUGUAGGAAAUAGCGAACGAUCGGCUUAAUUUAUUUGGCUAGUUCGUCUGCGCUUUAGGUGUUUGUCGCGUGGAGUAUCGUGUGCGACCGAAUGCAGCUGAAAGGACAUCGUAUGAUGAACCGAUGGGUUAGAGAGAGAUAACAAAAGAUAAAAUGUUUUAAAAACACA